CAGAGGGGAUCUGCAGUCAGCUAUUUGAACGACUGACGCCAGGCUGCUCUCCCAGUCGCCGCCCUGUACUUGCUGGACAACAGCCGUGUCUUCUGUCCUCCGCGCAGGUCUCUGCUCCAGUCCCACCAUGUCCAACCUCGAAGGCGCCAUGGGCCUGAUGAUCCAGACCUUCCACAAGUACUCUGGGAAGGAGGGGGACAAGUACACCCUGAGCAAGGCGGAGCUCAAGGACCUGCUGACGAACGAGCUGGGGAACUACCUGGGGAACCCGCAGGACAAGGACGCGGUGGACAAAGUCAUGAAGGACCUGGACGCCAACCGGGACGGGCAGGUGGACUUCACCGAGUUCAUCAUCCUGGUGGGGGCGCUCACCGUGGCCUGCAACGAGUUCUUCAAGGAGUACCAGAAACAGAAACACCACACGACCGAGGCAGGGCCCGCGCGCUGGGCGUUGCCCGACGAGUAUAAAGACUCGGGCGGAUUGGCGACUCUCCUCGCGCAGCGCUCACACUCUGGUCUCUCCCAUCCUCGAGCUCGCCUCUGCCUCUCGUCACACUCCGCAAACAUGCCUUCCGAUCUGGAGAGAACGAUGGAGACCCUCAUCACCGUGUUCCACCGCUAUGCGGACAAGGACGGAGACAGCAACACGCUGAGCAAGAGGGAGCUGAAGGAGCUGAUGGAGAAGGAGCUGUCCAGCUUCCUCAAGAGUCAGAAGGAUCCCGGGGCCAUCGACAAGAUAAUGAGGGACCUGGACCAGAAUGGGGACGGCCAGGUGAGCUUCGAGGAGUUCGUGUCUCUGGUGGUGGGCCUGUCCAUCGCCUGCGAGCAGUGCUACCAGCUCCACAUAAAGAAACAACAAGGCAAGAAGUGAGACCUGGACCCCUCUCCCCUCCACUGUAACAAACAGCUCCCGAAUAAACACUGACCCGAAAUAAA